AUGGAGAAGAACAGAGAACCGGAAUCAGCUCCGCCGUCUGCGUCGGAGGCGGCGGCGCCUCCGGCCGAGGAGCUCCUUAAGAAGAUUGAGGAGUUGGAGUUAGGUCAUGCUCACCUGAAGAAGGAGAUCUCCAACUUCAUGUCCUCUUCAGUAGCGGCUGAUAAUCGCGGCAAGCAGAGGUCCCACUCCACCUCCCCGAAGCGGUGGAGAACGGGCGGCGGAGAUGGAAGCUUUGUGUCGGCGUUGAGGAAGAGCUCGGCCUCUCGGCACGCUUCGCCGUUGCAGAGGGAGAGCCGCGAUAGGGCGGAGUCUUCGGCCGGAGGUGGAACAUGCGUCGGGGCUUCGGCGAUGACGUUCAGUGAUAAUCAGUACUUGAACAUAUUGCAGUCCAUGGGGCAAUCGGUGCAUAUAAUUGAUCUGAACUGCCGGAUAAUUUACUGGAAUAGAAGCGCAGAGAAUCUCUACGGAUACUCGGUCUCAGAGGUUCUAGGACAGAAUGGAAUUGAGCUACUGGCUGAUCCUCGAGACUUUUCUAUGGCUACUGAUAUUGUGCAACGUGUGGCCUCGGGUGAGAGUUGGACUGGGCAAUUUCCUGUAAAAAACAAAAGAGGGGAUAUUUUUUUGGUCAUUUCAACUAAUACCCCUUUCUACGAUGAUGAUGGCACUUUAGUCGGAAUUAUAUGCGUAACAAGUGACUCUAAACCUUUUGAAGAAACAAAUGCAGUAAUAUCAGAACUGAGGGGCUUGGCGGAAGACCCAGCUUCUAGCAAGCCUAGAAACACUGUUGCAGCCAAAUUUGGAUUUGAUAAUCAGCAGCCUCUACAGGCAGCAAUCACCUCCAAAAUCACGAACUUCGCCUCUAAAGUCAGUAGCAAGGUUAAAUUGAAAAUGAGGCAUACAGAGAACAACUUAGAUCAUGAAGGUGGUGGUGAUUGUUGUCAACAUUCAGACCGUGGUUUAUCAGACGAUGGAGCUUCAAGCGGGGCUAAUACCCCUAAAGGAGAAGUGCAACCCACGCCAUUUGGAGUGUUCUCCUGUGCUAGCCUUCCCCCAGGUAGACCAUCUCGAGAUUCUGAGGAUGAGAGUGAGAGCAAACCUGGAAUUUCGAGGAUCCUAAGCUCGAAGGCAGAGGCUUGGAUUGCUAAUAAAGGCCUGUCAUGGUCCUGGAAGGGAAAUGAGCAGAAUUCUUCCAAAUUUGGCUGGCCGUGGUUACAUCAGGAUCAAGUAUCAGAAAAUCAGGUUUCUGAAGCUAAUUAUACAGCUAACCCUGAAGCUUCAGGGUCUUGGUCCUCCUCGGCCAAUGUUAAUAGCAUGAGUAGUGUGAGUAGUUGUGGGAGUGCAAGCAGUGGUGCUGUAAAUAGAGUUGAUGGAGAUAGCGACUGCUUGGACUAUGAAAUCUCGUGGGAGGAUUUGACUAUUGGAGAACAAAUUGGGCAAGGUUGUUGUGGAACUGUGUAUCACGCUCUGUGGUAUGGAUCGGAUGUCGCUGUGAAGGCUUUCUCAAAACUAGAAUAUACGGAUGAGCUAAUAUUUUCCUUUCGGGAGGAGGUUUCACUUAUGAAAAGGCUUCGACAUCCAAAUAUUCUCCUCUUCAUGGGUGCAGUUACUUCUCCUGAACGUCUUUGCAUUGUUACAGAGUUCCUUCCUCGUGGAAGUCUUUUGGGGUUACUACAAAAGAGUACCUCAAAAUUUGAAAUGAAACGGCGUAUUAGCAUGGCUUUAGAUGUUGCAAGAGGUAUGAACUACCUUCAUCAUUUCAAUCCGCCUAUAGUUCACCGUGAUUUGAAGUCUUCAAAUCUUCUUGUUGACAAAAAUUGGUCGGUCAAGGUUGGUGAUUUUGGCCUUUCCCGUCUUAAACAUGAAACGUAUUUGACAACCAUGUCAGGCAAAGGAACGCCUCAGUGGAUGGCCCCUGAAAUUCUGCGCAAUGAACCUGCAGAUGAGAAGUCUGAUGUAUAUAGCUUCGGAGUGAUACUAUGGGAACUUGCUACACACCGGAUCCCAUGGGAUAGACUCAAUUCGCUGCAGGUGAUUGCCGCCGUGGGCUUCAUGAAUCAACGGUUAGAUAUCCCAGAGGAUGUUGAUCCUUGUUGGGCUUCUAUGAUAGAAAGCUGCUGGCGUGAACCACAAUCCCGUCCUUCAUUCCAAGAAUUGGUGGAGCAGCUGAAGGAGAUGCACAAACAAUGCAUGAUUCAAUUGCGUGCUGCUGCAAGAAAGGAACAGUAG